AUGGCACUCGAGGAAGCUCUCCAGACGACCACAGACAGCGAAGAAGAAUGUACUUUUUCCUCAGAAGAAGAGGAAGACUUUGAUGAUGAACUCCUGCAUUUCGAGGAGCGAUUUGAUGCUGCGGAGGACACAAUUUCUAAUGAAUGUGAGAAUGACAGCGACCAGAUGCCUGCUGCAAAGAGAGCCGGGACUCUUUCGUGGAAAGCAGAGACUGAUGUUGACCGGGUUGCACAGACUCUGAGAUUCCUGCCUGCUCGGGAACCUGGACCGCUGUUGUCUGCUGCUGACUCGCACUCUCCCAUGAGUCUUUUCAAACUGUUUUUCACAGAGAGCGCCGUGGCAAAGCUGUGCCACAACACAAAUGCUCAGGCUGCCAGGGCAAUUGCAAAGGGCCGCAAGUACAGAUGGAGAGAUGUCGGUGUUGAUGAGCUGUACCGCUACAUCGGACUCGUAUUCUACAUGGCCGCGGUGAAGAUGAGCUCCAUCGCUGACUACUGGCGGCAGGACAGCCUUUUCUCUCUGCCUUUCCCCGCCACAGUUAUGCCACGGGACAGAUACCGCACCAUUUCAUGGAAUGUGCACAUGAGUCACCCAGACGCAGACAAGGAAAACGACAGAAAGAGGGGCACAGCCCAACAUGACCGUCUGUUCAGGAUCAAACCCCUCAUGGACACUAUUCGUCUUGCGUGCAAAGCCUUCUAUCAUCCCAGAAGAAAUGUAGCUGUGAAGGAGAGAUUGGUGGCAUGCAGAGCAAAUACAGGAAUGACACGGCGCACAAAAGUCAAGCCGACAAAGUUGGGCUUCAAGUUUUUUGUCCUUUCAGACUCCUCAAAUGGAUAUACUGUGGACUUCUCUGUCUACACGGGCAAGAAUAGCUUUCCCACAGACCGUGGGCUUUCGUAUGAUGCUGUGAUGUCUCUCCUGGACCGUAAAGUUUUGGGCUCUGGGUAUCAUGUGUACAUGGAUGAUUUCUACACAAGUCCAAAGCUCUUCACAGACUUGUUUGCUCUGAAGGUUGGUGCUUGUGGGACGUACAGAGACCAGAGGAAGGACUUCCCGAAGACUGCAGCUAAUUCACUGAGCAGAAACUCCAGCAGGGGAUCCAUCAGGUGGAUUCGGGAUGGGCCUCUUGUGUGUGUGAAGUGGAUGGACACGCAAGAGGUGUCUGUUUGUUCCACCAUCCAUGCUGCCUAUACAGGAGAGCGCGUGCAAAGGAAAAUCAAAGCACAACAUACAUGGAAGACGAAGAUUUUACCGUGUCCUGCACCUGUGACUGCAUACAACCAGCACAUGGGGGGUGUUGACCUGUCUGAUCAGCUGUUGCAAUACUACGCUGCGCAGCACAAAACCAUGAAGUGGUACAGAAAAAUCUUCCUACACUUCUUGGACAUUGCUGCCACUAAUGCUUUCAUAUUGCACAAAGAGCUGCACGGCAACAUGACUCACGAUCAGUUCAUGGAAGAGCUUAUUACAGAGCUCUGUGGCGUGUCACAGAAAGCAGCACCAAAACAGUUUAGCACAGACCAUGUGCCAAUUCCAGGAGCUGAGCUGACUUCAAACGUCAGAAGAAUUGCUACUGUUGGUCGCCGGAUCUGUGUGCAUUGCAAAGCAGUGCAUGGAAAGAAGCAACAGACACCUUGGAAAUGCCAGGCUUGUGACGUUCACUUGUGUCUUCAGUUGAACAGAAACUGUUUCCAGGAAUGGCACAAAAGUCUGUGAUUGCGU